AUGCCACCACCGGUGAUGGUGCUUUGCUGUGCAAACCCCUCCUUUUUUUUCCUCUACUGGGGCGCGGGGAGCAACAAGAAGAAACCGAAAGGCGGUGCAACUCGUCCGCUUUGGAAGGGAGGUGCAGCAGUGAUGGGCGAUGAGAGCAACCCGAUUGGGCAGGAGGCGCUCUUGUACGACAAGAUGUUCCGUGUCAUGCGGACAGUGGGGGAGAUGAUGCGUGACAGGAAGUACCAGGUAGCUGACAAGAUCAUCCCGAGCUCCGUGGAGGAGUUCAAGGAUUGGUAUGCGGAUAUACGAGAUGGGGUUAUUUACCGCGACCGCAUGACGGUUCCGUGCGAACGCAUCGGGGUGUCGCAGCGUAGCCGCGCCAUGGUGUUUUUUUCGGAAGGGCUCUCAAUGGAAACUAUGAAGCGGUACCACACGCAGGCGACGGAAACCAACUGUGACCGUGUUAUUAUUGUGACACAUGGAAAGGUAAAUGCUACAGUUAAGCGGCACGUUGAUGAUCUUAAUCGAAGCAGCCUGGGCUUGAAGGUCCAGCUGUUUGACGAGGAUGACCUCGUGGUGAACAUCACACAUCAUGAGCUGGUUCCAAAGCACACGCAGCUUGAGGAUGAGGAGGUAAAAGAGAUGCUACAGGCCCAUGCAUUGGAGCUAGGUAUGCUGCCUCGAAUUCUCUCUACUGAUCCUGUUGCUGCAUAUUUGGGACUGGAACGCGGUCGUGUUGUGCGGAUCGAGCGCAAGAGCAUGUCAGCCGGCUUUUAUGUGACGUACCGACAAGUGGUGUAG